AUGCCAUACUUGACGGAGAACAUGGUGGUGGUGAGCAUGGCGACACUGACCCGGACGCUGACACACGCGUCGGCGUGCGAGCUCGCCUAUCAACUGGACGUCGUCCCGGCCAUCAACGAGACUGGCGCCAACAGCACGCCCUCCCGGGGCUCCCACACGGGAGCGAGAGGAGAGGGUGGCACCGGUCUGCCCAUGUAUGUCGUUGACUGGUUCCCUGCCUGUCGUUUUUACCCUGCUGAGAAGUACAGUUUGUUUAUCCUGCCGUCUUACGACAAGGAUUACCGGCUUCAGUCUCUUAUAGGGGUGCUCAAGUAG